ACAGCAGUGUUCCACCCCAGAAGCAGCUGCCUCCCAGAGCUAGGAAGGAAGACAUGACUCCCAGGGACAAAAAAGCCAAUGCCACCAGCGCCGCCUCCAAUGCCCCACCCCUCAGGAUGUCCCAGCUCUCCUCCACCUUGAAGCGCUAUGUCGACACUCCCCGCUACUCGGACACCUCUUCGUACAGCAAGGCCUCCACCAGCUAUGGGAGCUAUCCCUCCUACUCCUCCAACCUGUCCUCCUCCUACCCAGACAAGGAAAAAAUCGGCUACAAGCCCACCACGCCCUCCGGCUACCUGACUUCCACUCACCUGCGGAUGUCGGGGACCACCUCCUCCUCCUCUUCCUUGAAUUAUGACAGGGGUGGGCGUCUGCUCCAGCGCCCCGACUCUGGCACCAGGCUGAGCCCCAGUUACGGACGGGUCCCAGUGAGAACCCCGGGCAGCGGAGGGCUGAGUGGCGGAGCCACCAGUUACUCAUAUGGCAGUACAGCCUCCACCAGCUACAGCACCACGCUGGGCCGCAAGAAAUCCAGCAGCCACUCAGAUUUGGCGCGGGACCUGACCUCCAUGCACCUGUCGGACUCAUACCGCACUGAAGCCCCCCCUGCCCGUGGCACCUUCAUUGCCCGCAGCCGCCAGGAGCUCUGCUCUCUGCAAGGGUACUACCAGUCCGGCCCUCACUCGGAUUACAUCAAAGACUAUCUAGAGUCCUGCGGCCGCAAGGGCGGGCGCUCUCCGGUCCCCAACCUCCAUGGCUCCACCCCGGAGGUCAUCACCCCCACUCUGCGCCCCACUAGCCGCUGCUCUACUCAGCCAUGGGAGAGGACAGACAGCCGGACGGACAUCCUGGCCAAGGAGGCCCCGAAUUCCAAAACAGUGCAGGGUCUGACCGGCCUCCGGAAUCUCGGCAACACUUGUUUUAUGAACUCAGUCCUGCAGUGUCUGAGCAACACCAAAGAGCUCCGUGAUUACUGCCUGCAGAACCAAUACCUCCACGACCUGAACAACAAAAGCCGCAUGCAGAUGGCCCUCAUGUCUGAGUUCGCCAAGCUCAUCCAGGCACUGUGGACAUCAUCUCCCAAUGAAUCCGUGAGUCCUUCUGAGUUCAAGACACAGAUUCAAAGAUACGCCCCUCGCUUUGUUGGCUACAACCAGCAAGAUGCACAGGAGUUCCUGCGCUUCCUUCUCGAUGGGCUCCACAGCGAGGUGAACCGAGUGUUGGUGAGGCCUAAAGGCAGUCACGACAACCUGGACCAUCUCCUCGAUGAUGAAAAGGGCAGGCAAAUGUGGAUGAAAUACUUGGCACGAGAAGACAGCCGGAUUGGGGAUCUCUUUGUCGGGCAGCUGAAAAGUUCUCUGACGUGCAGUGCGUGUGGCCACUGCUCAACCGCCUUUGAUCCCUUCUGGGAUCUGUCCCUGCCCAUUGCCAAGAAGAGCUACGGGGAGGUGAACUUGAUUGACUGCAUGCGCCUCUUCACCAAGGAGGACAUCCUAGACGGCGAUGAGAAACCAACUUGCUGCCGUUGCAAAGCCAGAACAAAGUGCAUGAAAAAGUUCAGCAUCCAGAGGUUUCCAAAGAUUUUGGUGUUGCACCUGAAGCGUUUCUCUGAAGCCAGGAUGCGAUCCAGCAAGCUCACCACGUUUGUUAAUUUCCCACUCAAGGACCUGGACCUGAGGGAAUUUGCAUCCCAAAACUGCAAUCAUGCCAUUUACAACCUGUAUGCUGUCUCCAAUCACAGCGGGACCACCAUGGGGGGUCACUACACCGCUUAUUGCAAGAACCCUGUGUCGGGAGAGUGGCACGCCUUCAAUGACUCACGCGUCACACCACUCUCCUCAAGUCACGUCCGGAGCAGUGACGCCUACCUGCUGUUCUUCGAGUUGGCCAGCCCAUCUUCGCGAAUGUAGCUUCCACGUGCCCUCCCCCUGCCGCAAAUCCGUGCGGAAAGAGGAAGAGAGAGCCAAGAGCCAGCUCACUGAUGCAAAAAAGA